AUGGUCAAGUCCUUCGCGACAUCCGCCGCUCUGCUCGUCGCGGCCGCAACCGCCGCGUCCGUGCCCGACGGCACCUGGCCCACCAGCACCGGGUCGGUCCACUUCUCCGAGGCUCACAUCGUCAAGGCCGGCGAGGUGUUCGACGGCAAGAUGCAGACGUACGAGCGCUCCGACGUCUCGUGCGAGGGCCAGACCGAGAGCGGCGCCGACACGGCCGUGUUCAAGAUGGAGCCCGGCGCCACGCUCAAGAACGUCAUCAUCGGCAAGAACCAAAUGGAGGGCGUCCACUGCGAUAAGCACGACUGCACCAUCGAGAACGUCUGGUGGGACGACGUGUGUGAGGACGCGCUGAGUGUCAAGGGCGGUACCGCCUCCAGUGUCACGACCGUCACGGGCGGCGGCGCUCGCUCGGCCGACGACAAGGUCAUCCAGCACAACGGCUACGGCACCGUCAAGAUCGACGGCUUCUACGGCGAGGACAUCAGCAAGCUCUACCGCUCGUGCGGCACGUGCGGCGUCAAGCUCACGGCGCCGCAAGUCAUCAAGGCCGGCGAGGUCUUUGACGGCAAGAUGCAGACCUUCGACCGCUCUGACAUCACCUGCUCCGACGGUGAGGGCCAGAAGGACACCGCUGUCUUCCUCGUGGAGGCUGGCGGCACCCUCAAGAACGCCAUCAUCGGCAAGAACCAGAAGGAGGGAGUGCACUGUGACGACCACGACUGCACCAUUGAGAACGUCUGGUGGGACGACGUGUGCGAGGACGCGCUAAGCAUUAAGGGCGGCUCUGCUUCCAGUGUGACCACUGUGACGAACUGCGGCGCCAAAUCCGCUUCGGACAAGGUGGUGCAGCACAACGGCCAGGGUACGGUCAACAUCGACGGCUUCUACGCCGAAAACUUCGGCAAGCUCUACCGUUCGUGCGGCACGUGCGGUGACAUCCCUCGCACCGUGACACUGAAGAACGUGUACGCGGUGGACCCGCUGGUGAGCGUUGUCACGGUGAACAAGAACUACGGCGACAAGGCCACCCUGAGCAACAUCCGCGUCAAGACGUCGGACGGCAACAACGACGUGAAGGUGUGCCAGUGGUCGCAGGGCGGCAGCACGCCGUCGAACCUGGGCGACGGACCUUCGGGCACGCUCUGCCAGUACUCGGAGAGCGACGUGCAGAUCAACCAGUAA